AUGAGCAAGUCUGGAAUGAGUUCAGCGGCAAAACGCAUCCAAAAGGAACUCGCGGAAAUCAGUUUGGAACCACCGACGAACUGUAGCGCGGGACCAAAAGGCGAUAACUUAUACGAGUGGGUGAGCACGAUCAUGGGUCCACCAGGCUCGCCGUAUAACGGAGGCGUCUUCUUCUUGGACAUUCACUACCCGACUGAUUAUCCAUUCAAGCCUCCGAAAGUUACCUUUCGUACGAGGAUUUACCACUGUAACAUAAACUCCUCGGGACAAAUAUGUUUGGACAUUCUCAAAGACCAGUGGUCGCCGGCGUUGACGAUAUCGAAAGUCUUGUUGAGCAUUUGCUCCUUGUUAACGGAUGCUAACCCGCACGACCCGUUAGUCGGGUCAAUCGCGCAACAGUUACUGAAUGAUAAAGAAGCGCACGAUAAAACUGCAGCGGAAUGGACGAGGCGAUACGCUCAAGGAUAA